ACCCGCCCGACUCGCGCUUCUUCUAGCCGCAGUGCCACCUGGCGGCCGCGGGGCUCGCGUGCAGGCGCUCGGCCGGGAGUGGGCGCGCGGCUCUGGGUGCCCGGGAACCCUUGAGCCCGGGGCCCGAGGGCGGCAGGAGGAGCCCGAGCCUAGAGGUGACUGGGGGUGUGUGCGGCGGUGCCCACGGGGCUCGGGGAGGGGCCUGAGUCGCAGCCCGAGCCGACUUCCUGACACGGCAAAUACUGGGAGCCAAAGUCCGCCCGGCUGAAGUGGGAGCUGCGAGAGGCCCUUUUUGGCUGUGCGGUCGGCGGAGAAGCCUGGUGUGACCGCAGGGAGCCAGGGACGCAGGGUCUGAGGAUAACUCUGGCCAUGGCAGUCCUAAAUCUUACAGAGGAUCCCAAUCUUCACUAGUAGUGGUGCCUGGGUUCCUUGGACCUGUGCUGACACCCUUUCUGCAAAGAAUGGCCAAGGGUCUCCUGGUGACCUAUGCGCUCUGGGCUGUGGGGGGCCCUGCCGGACUCCAUCACCUGUACUUGGGGCGGGACAGCCACGCACUGCUCUGGAUGCUUACUUUGGGGGGUGGCGGGCUGGGCUGGCUGUGGGAGUUCUGGAAGCUCCCAAGCUUUGUAGCCCAGGCCAACAGAGCCCAAGGGCACAGGCAGAGCACAGGUCGGGGGAGGCCCCCACUGAGUAUCAUCCGCUUUGCGGCGCAGACGAUAGUGGGCAUCUAUUUUGGCCUUGUGGCUCUCAUUAGUCUUUCUUUCAUGGCCAACUUCUAUAUUGUGGGCCUCCCCCUGGCAGUUGGCUUAGGGGUCUUGCUGGUGGCUGCCGUUGGCAACCAGACUUCAGAUGUCAAGAACACGCUCGGGGCAGCCUUUCUUACUUCCCCCAUCUUCUAUGGACGCCCAGUUGCCAUCCUGCCCAUCAGCUUAGCAGCCAGCAUCGCAGCUCAGAAGCAUCGCCGCUACAAAGCCUCUGUGAGGUCAGAGACACUUGGCGUGCGACUCUACCGUCUGAGCUUGGCUUACCUUGCUUUCACUGGCCCCUUGGCAUACAGUGCCCUGUGUCACACCACUGCCACCCUCAGCUAUGUGGCAGAGACCCUUGGCUCUUUCUUGAGUUGGUUCAGCUUCUUCCCCCUCCUUGGUCACUUCUUGGAGUCUGCCUGCCUCCUGCCUUACCGGGUUUGGAGGCUCUUGGUGGGGGAUCCCGGCUUUAGCAGCAGCUCCUUUCAGGAGUGGGACAAGCUCUAUGAAUUUGUUCAAAGUUUUCAAGAUGAGAAACGUCAGCUGGCUUACCAGGUCUUGGGAAUCUCAGAGGGGGCCACAGAUAAAGAAAUAGACCAAAGAUUCCACGAGCUGGUGAAACUCUGGCACCCUGACCACAACCGCCACCAACCAGAGGAGGCUCAGCGGCACUUCCUGGAGAUCCAGGAGGCAUAUGAAGUCCUGAGUCAACCCAGGAAACCCAGGAGAGCCUGGAGCUGAGAAAAAAAGUCUUUCCCUAGAGGAUGGACUCUUCCUAGCGAACCAAAACAGCUUGCCCCAGCCCAGCUCUGCCCACACUGGGCCUCCCAACAGCAUUAAGUAGUCUGCUUGCAGUGAAGAGAAAAACUUAAAGGGCUGAGAAAGCAGUGACAGAAAAGGUGGACUGAUCCUGCAGGUCUCCUGAGCACUGCUAAGUGUG